CUGCUUUGAGGAAGCUAUGAUUGUGAACACUGUAUAAUUUCUCUGGCAGAUCUGAAACUGAUCUCGCCUAAAUUCCAAACUUGGGGCUGGGGUAGUUAAACCUUGGCCAUGGCAAUGACCCAGUCUUUAAGGGUCAGAACUCAACUUCAUUAUCUGCAGCCCUAAGAUCUCUGCAAAGGAGCCACUGCGACACUCCGGCCGCACCAGCUGGUCCUAUAUUUAGUUACUGUUGUGGUCAACUGGGAACUUUAGAGCCUGGCAGCCUCUCUGCGGGGCAACCGGAGCCUCCGCAGCCAUGCGCACGAGCUGCCCCACCGCUGGCUCCAGACAGACUUCGGGACCCUGCCGAAGCCAAGAGCUGAUGUGGCGAGGUAAGGGGCACAAUGCUAAUCGCGCCCCAACAGUCCCAAAGGUCCACUCGAGACCAGAGCAGAGUUGACCCACUUUCUCACCCAGGGGAAAGAGCCCGCUGGGGCAAUGAGCUGGACGCGUUGGCGCCUGGUUUCGCAGCUCAGCUUUAGAGUUGGGGAGCCCCGCGUGAGCAUCCUUAGACUGUACCGACAGUACACAGUGACCAAGGACAGGAUCCCUGGACCCCAUUCUCACAGCCAGUGGCUGCUCGUCUCCAGCCUCGCGCUGGCCUGGCAGACAGGAACUGGGACAAAUGGAGCAAGCAGAGGGGGACGCUGGUGAUCGCAGAGGCCGGGGGCGUCCCACGCUGCCAGGGGCGGAGAGGCACACUCCCAAGUGACAUGCGCAGCUGCCUCUCCCGGUGGGCAAGGGCGUCUCACUGGGGAGACGGAAGCCGGGCUGUCCGAGAGCUCUAACCACGAGCCUCCCACUACCGCAAGCGAUAGUCCAUGACCUCUGGGCACCGCCCGAGCCAUGACUCGGUGCUACCAGGUGUGCUGGGGGAGGGGAAGGGACACGGCCAAGCCCAGUGCUUUCCCUUCUGCCCCUGCCACGCUCGGCCUCUGGCCACCGUUAUUCAGCGCGGCGCGAAGCCUGUGGGCCGCUGGAGGCAGCACUUACGGCGACAAUGCGUCCUAGAGCCCAGCGCCCAGCACUCACGCUCCCGCGGCGACCGACAGCACCCGGUGCAAGUUCUGAGCCCGAGGGGCGGAGCCAAAGGGGCAUGGAGCUCAGCGCGCACGGCCGCUCAGCCAAUAGUGACACCAAGAUACGACCCAGGGCGGGGAGGGGCCAGCGCUCCGCCCGCGCACACCAAUCAGCGCGCAACUCCUCCUGCGCGCUCGGGAACCAAGGGAGGAACCGCUUUGUGUGGAGUCGGCAAAGCCAGCGCGCUAGGGGCGGGCCCCUGCAUCUUCUUGUAUAGGAUGCUUCUCCAGGCUGGAUUUUGUUUUGUUUUUAAUUCCGCGGAUGAGCCCGGGUUCAGCAGAUCGGGGAACUUUGAAAAACGCAAAGAAACGCUAAUUGAAGCCGCACUGUAACUUCAUCUCUCCAGAGCAGAAUAAACAUGGAACUAAAGUCUACCUGCUUCACGGGUCACUGUGAGAACUGAUGAAGGGACUGUGGAGUCCAGCGCUGCUGCGACGCAAAAACACAACUCUCACCUCAAAGGGAAUCAGAGAUGGCUUAUCCUAGAGCCAAAUAGGAGCGGCCCUAGCCCGGGAACACAAAUACAGGUUAUUCCAUGUCCCAAUAUGGUAACAGUUUGAUAAAAUUGUGAAAUAUUUUGUGCUUUUUUUUAAAUUAUUUUAUGCGUGUUUGCCCGCGUGUGUAUUUGUGCACCACCUAUGUGUCUGGUGUCCUCAGAGGCCAAAAGAGAGGUCAAAUCUCCUGGGAUUGGAGUUGCAAACAGCUAUGAACCAUCCUGUACAUGAUUGGACGAUCCUUGCAAAGGAACGGUCUAGCUGUCUCUCCAGCCUCUUAAUGAAGAACAAAGAAAAACAUAAAAACAAGGCACUUUUCAAUUGUAUUGGUGAGGAUAUCAGGUAAACAGGCUACAGCAAAGGAGAAAAAGAUCUCAGCUAUAGGCCCCAGAUGCUAGUCUGAGAGCAUUCUUAGCCCUUAGGUUGAUUGGAAACUAGGGAUCUGUUCUUGCACUCUAAAUGACUUACUGGAUAGUUACAAAGAUGUUAAGCCAAGUAGAGGGCAGAGCUAUCAGUAGUUGUUAAAGGACGUAAAGAUGCCACAAAAUAGUCUGGCUCUGGACCUGCAACAUUUUAACCCAACCCUUUUGUAUCACUAAAGUUCUAGUUAGUAAAUCAUACUAGCAA